UUAGUUAGUUGUCUGACGACUUCGCGGAGCGCAUGUAUCACGCCGCGGCCGUCAUUAGCGAUCGCUUGCGGCGGCGUUAAAUCGGUGCGAUACGCGACCCGUCCGUUCAGUUCGGUGCGCGAGUGCGAGUUGCCACCACAAACGACGUCAGAAAGAGGUCCGGUCGGCUCCACUGAUAGUUCCGCGGCAACGCAUCAACAGCACGCACAUUGUACAUACUAAUUGUUGUUUUUUUUUCCUACACAUCACAAUCGCAAAUACAUACACAUGCCAACAAAGCACUGCCUGUAAUAAUUACUAAUUACAGAUAUUAAUGCAUGCUAAUUAUGCGCGAGCCGCGCAAGACUGCCAGCGACAAAGACGCAAAUUAAGAGGACUGCAAACAAACAAAAAGUGACAAAGUUUUGUUAUUGUGCAUUAAAUUCCUGCUGAUAGAAAGAAAAAAAGUUUUACAACUUUAUCGUUGUUGCUGUGAAUGAAUUCAAUUGUUGACUGUGAUUUUUCAUUGUAAGUGCCGUGCAUCACUUCCCCAGGAUGGUGAAGACGUCGAAACCGAAUGUGUGUCAUCUCCUCCAGUCGGGCACGCUGGUGCUCUUGAUGAUCUUGAACUUGAUCGCUUCGUACCCGUUAGAAGUAAUGGUGAAAAUUCCAGAAGGCUCCUCGUGCGACUUGAAGCAGGAGGAGCUUACGGGCGGCGGCGCCGGCGCCGGUACCUGCGUGGUGGUCAAGCAGUGCCCACCGGUGAUCAAAAGUCUAAAGGCGCGCCGGAGUCAUGAUUUUGCCCGGUGUGGGUUCCGAGGCACGCUGGAGAUUGUCUGCUGUCCGAACGACGUCAUCCUGUCCGAGGACGACAAGGACAAGCUGAAAGCGACGCCGAAACCGACGACCACCAGCACUACCAUGACCACAUCCAAAGCAGAGGUACGCGGCCCUUCGAUAAGAAAAAGUGUUCAAGUAUGCGAGGAUCUAUUGGAGCGUUUCAAAGAGCAACCAAUCAGCCUCCAUAUUGCGGGUGGGGAAGACGCUGACCCAGGUGAAUUCUCGCAUAUGUGUGCGCUGGGCUAUGACACCGACGGCGAGCCGAAGAUUGCAUACAACUGCGGUGGCACGCUCAUUAGCGAGCGGUACGUGCUCACCGCCGCACACUGCAUCAUUAGUCAAUCAAUGGGUGCACCUGUCCGGGUGCGCAUGGGCAUGACAGAUUUAAGGACAACCGACGGCGAGGAGGUCGCCAUUGCGAAUAUUACAGUACACCCUGAGUACCAGCGUAAGAACAAGCGGAAUGACCUCGCGCUGAUUGAGUUAGAGCGCGGGGUGACGUUCACCAACAGUUUACAUCCGGCUUGUUUGUAUACCAAACCAGAUAAUCCUAAAGGUUUGAUAGUUACAGGCUGGGGACACUUAGAAACUGCUGGUAGAACUAGUCCAGUCCUUCAGAAAGGAAUCCUAUCUCCUGUGGAGGUAUCCGAUUGCAAUGAGUCCUACUCGCGGGCACCGCAGAUUUCCGUCACCAUCCAGGCCGAUCAGGUGUGCGCCAUUUCCACAAGCGGUAAAACCGAUGCAUGUCAGGGAGACAGCGGUGGUCCCAUUCAAAUACUGAGUCCUGCCAGUAACGUAUACUUCGUCGUCGGCGUGACAUCCUUCGGAAGGGGGUGUGGGGGUACGUUUCCAGGAGUGUAUGCACGUGUGUAUAGUUAUAUUGAUUGGAUUGAGAAAAUUGUCUGGCCGAAAUAAAUUAUGGACUUUUUAGUUUUUUAGUCAA